CCACCUCUAAUUUACAAAUCCAAUACCAUCACAAUAAUCGAAAAACAGCAAAAUUCUGUUGGUAAACAUACGCAAAACAAGGCCUGGCAAUUAAUGCGCCAGCAUGCAACCAGUUGCCUGCAGAGCUAUAAAUAUAUUGAGUCUGGCCAGCGCGUUUUCAAUAAAUGCGCGUCAGAUUAGCGCCGAUUAGACACACUAGAGCACUUGAAGCGCGCUGCUGUUGAGUCAUCAGUAAAAUAGCCAAAAAAAAAAAAACAGAACGAGAGCAGCAACCUUGGGACCGACCAUUAGCACCACCGUCAGAGAGCCACAGGUGAGAGGCAAGUCUCCUGUCCGGAUGGCGUAAGCAGAUCCAAGGAACCACCCCAUCAUCGCACAUCGCAAUCAUCGGCAGUAGCAGCAGACAAUACGUUACGCGUCGUUGACUAAGAGCAAACACACACACACCUUGCCGACGCCCACGCAAUCUCUCUUUGGCUGCUUCAGCAAUGGAGGACUAUAAGUUCCUGUUCAAAAUCGUCCUAGUGGGUAACGCUGGCGUCGGGAAGACCUGUCUGGUGCGGCGCUUCACCCAGGGACUGUUUCCACCCGGCCAGGGCGCAACCAUCGGUGUGGACUUUAUGAUCAAAACCGUGGAGGUGGAGGGCGAGAAGAUAAAGCUACAGAUCUGGGACACGGCCGGACAGGAACGGUUCCGCUCGAUCACUCAGAGCUACUACCGCUCAGCUCAUGCACUGAUACUGGUUUACGACAUCAGCUGCCAGCCCACGUUCGACUGCCUGCCGGAUUGGCUGCGCGAGAUCCAGGAAUAUGCCAACUCCAAGGUGCUCAAGAUACUCGUCGGCAACAAGACGGACCGUGAUGACCGCGAGAUACCCACCCAGAUUGGCGAGGAGUUCGCAAAGCAACAUGACAUGUACUUCCUGGAGACUUCCGCCAAGGAGGCGGAGAACGUGGAGCGGUUGUUCUACGAAAUCGCCGCUGAGCUAAUUGGCCAGGCGCGGAGCAAGGAUGGCAGCAGUGCUGCUGCUGCAGCGGCCGCUCAGCGGCAGUCGGAGGGUAGCUCCAUUGGCCUGGGGAACUUCAGUGCCAAAGCAGCCCAGAGCAAUUGCUGCGGUGGACUCGCCGGCGGCGGAGGUGGUAGCAAUGGCUCAAAUGCUAGUCAUACGGGCUGAGGUGGAUGCCAAACCAGAAACUGAGCAGCUAAUUUAUACCUAGUUAAAGCUUAGUCGUGAUAUUUCAUUGAUCUUUUGAGAGUCCAUUGCAAUUAUUUCAUUUUUUUUUUUUACGACUAACAAGCUCCCAUAUUCUAAGGAUUUUAUUCCAAUGGCUUUACGACUUUCGUGCGGGAAAAUCUAACAUCACAGUUCCCCAUAACUAGACUCAACGAAUACUACAAUUUUAUUGAUUCCGGUUCGGAAACAGAGCUGAUAGUUUAAGGUCUACGUAUCAAUUGAACUCUUCGAUUUCUGAAUAUCACGAUGAAGAUCCACUCCAAAAACUAGCUGUCAAUGACUAUAUGGAUGCUAAAUACUUGUGUUACAUAAACUCCAUUGGAUGUGUAGUCUCCAUGCGCCUGAUUUUUUUGAUUAAGUAUUAUAUAAACGUAUUGAUUUCGAUUACCAAGUGAGCAUCACAGCUAAUGCUUUGGAUGAAUUUAUUACAUCAAUAAUUAAUGCACACACAGUUCUGUUUAGUUGUAAUUGUCUUUUCCUAAGGAGUAUUGUACAUUUUAUACAUUUUUUUCUGUGUAUACAACAUAUAAAAUCGGCAAUAAGCGUAUUUAUUUUGCAAUUA